AUGUCAAGCUCGACCGAAAAUCUCCAAGGAAUACCACCGAUCAAGGCGAAUUGGGAGUUAGAGCUGUUCUGGAUAAAUCCAACAUACAAGGAGUUGAAGAGUGAAGUGGUUGGGAAAUGUGGCUAUCAACAGAACCAUUCUCUCUUGCUGUUUUGCGCGAUAUCAUGCAUCCUCCGGCGUAUCUGGAUGGAGGUUCAUCAAGGGACCAGGAAUGCGAGACCACAAGGGGACUACAGUGAUUAUGCACUGACGAACCUUGUCCUUUGA